AUGAACGUCAAGACGAUCGUGGCGCUGCUGUCGGCAGUGCUGCUGCCCAUGGUUGCGCUCGCUGACGACGCGGCUGCCACUCAAGAGCAGCAGGACGCUGACGCGCAAGCAGCCGCUCAACAGGCGGCGGAGACGCGCGAGCAGCAAGUACAGGAGCUGACCAAGAGCGCGCUAUUCGCCGAGACGUUCGAGAUCGAGGAGCUGUUCGACGGUUCGCGCUGGUUCAAGAGUACGCAGGAUAAGUACACGAACCAGGAUGUGACCCUCGAAGAGGUGACGCUGGAAACGGCGCACCUUACACCCGACCGCGGCCUCGUGCUGGACAAACCAGCGCGUCACUACGGCCUGGCCGUGAAGCUGGAUGAGCCGCUGCAAGUGGACGGCAGCGAGGCCAAGAAGGAGAUGGUGGUGCAGUACGAGGUGAAGCUGCAGAAAGGUCUGGACUGCGGCGGUGCUUACGUAAAGUUACUGCGUCAAGACGAGGAGAACCAGGACUACUCGGCCUUCAGUGACUCGACGCCCUUCGUGCUCAUGUUCGGCCCCGACAAGUGCGGCUCGAGCGACAAAGUGCACCUUAUCUUCCAGCACAAGAACCCCGUGUCUGGCGAGUAUGAGGAGAAGCACAUGAUGGAGGCGCCUGGUAUCAAGAGCGACAAGGACACGCACCUCUACACGGCAGUGAUCCGCGAUGACAACACGUUCGAGGUGUUCGUGGACCAGAAGUCGGUCAAGAGUGGCAGUUUAUUGGAGAGUUUCCUGCCUCCCGUGAUCCCUGAGAAGGAGAUCGACGACCCCGAAGACUCCAAGCCUGACGAUUGGGUCGACGAGAAGCAGAUCCGCGACCCGAACGCCGUCAAGCCUGACGACUGGGAUGAAGAUGCACCCGCGCGUAUCCCGGACGAAGAUGCCGUCAAGCCUGACGACUGGCUGGACGACGAACCGGCUGUGAUUGAUGACCCGAAUGUGGUUAAACCCGAGGACUGGGACGAUGAGGACGACGGAGAGUUUGUUGUACCUCAGAUCCCCAACCCGAAGUGCGCUGAAGUAUCUGGCUGUGGCGAGUGGAAACGACCCACGAAGGCCAAUCCGGCGUACAAGGGCAAGUUCUACGCUCCGUACAUCCCGAAUCCGGCCUAUAAGGGCGAGUGGAAGCCGCGCAAGAUCCCGAAUCCGAAUUAUUUUGAAGAUGAGCACCCGGCGCGUCUGGACCCCAUCGGUGCACUUGCUGUGGAGGUGUGGACCAUGACGGAUGGCAUUACGUUCGACAAUUUCUGGCUCGGUAACGACUUGAAGAAGGCGCAGGAGUUUGCGGAGCUCACGUGGGCUCCCAAGCACGCGGUCGAAGUCGAAGCGAAGCAGAAGGCCAAGAAGGAUGACAAGGGCAGCGAGGAGAGCGGGAUCAUGAAGACGCUCAAUGCGCUGGCGAUGGACUUUGCUACAUACGCCGAUGCGAACCCUGUGAUCGCUCUCGGAUCGGUGGCUGGUGUUUCCGUUCUGGUCACUAUUGCCCUGUUCUUCCUGUGCUGCGCAUCCGGCGCUUCUAAGCCCGAGGCGAUUGAGAAAAAGUCGGAUAGCGGAUCUGAAGACGAUGAAGAGGAGGAUGCGAAGGCAGUGGACAGUGACGAGAAGGAGAAGACAGUGCGACAGCGCAAGAAAGCCCCCAAGGUCGAUUAG